CCUCGUCACAAGCUGCGUAUAGUGAUGCUUGCGUUACUGACCGUUGCAAUCACUCCGUUGUGUCUUGUACCACGCGUCCAAAGUCUGAUUCGAAUGAGUGCAUUUGCCAUGAUAUUCUACCUCGCCAUGCUUUUACACCUACUAACCAUUUACACCGGACUUCACCAACCCUCGGUAACGGCUAUGCAUGACGUAGUGCGAUCCGCUGUGGCUAUUGUUGCAGUUGCUUACGGAUUGUUUGGUUUCAUGGGUUAUGUGGCAUUCGCGCACUUGGACAAAGUGCCGGGCAACGUCUUUCUUCUCUACCCGGACGAUCCGCUCAGCUUUUGUGUUCAAGCUGGUUUUCUAUUCACCAUCACGGUAUCUAUCCCAUUGACAUUGUUUCCGUUGCGACGUUCAUUGGACAGUUUUAUUUUCCACCAGCGUCAUCCGUCUGUGAUGGUGGAGCCCGAUGGUGCAAUGGAAUGUGCUAUGCCGGCCAAACGAUUUCGUGUGAUGACUAUUUGCAUUCUCGUGCUCUGCUUUUCUCUCAGCCUUACCACCGAUAAAAUCCUUAGCCAAGCCCCGUUGGUGUUCUCAAACGCGAUCGGACCAUGUUGCAACAGAGGCUUUUGCACUAAGAUUAUUGCAAUAUUGUACGAUCAGUUAUGCUUUACGGGUGUGGCCUUGAAUUUGCGUGCAGAAGACAUCAAUCGCCUGGUUUUGGGACAAUUGAUGCCUCCAUAG